CCAUUUAUUUCUUAGCAUGGUUGGUAGACCGGGACUGAAGCGACUGUUUUGUUGUAUUUUUUUUAGCUGCUUGGUAACAUCUAUGGAAACGUGGAAAUGCAAUGUAUUAGAUAACAUUUAAUAAAACAAACAUACAAUUAUAGACACUGGUGGGCGACAUAACUGCUGAAAUUUAUCUAGUUAUCUUUAUUAACAGAGAAUUACGUCAGUGACCGGAGGAUGCCUGUGGCAGGUACCCAGGCUGCCCAGGCAUGGCUGCGUGCCACAUGGCACAUCCAGGUGCCUCAGACUUGGCUGGAUGCCUGUGUUGAAUGGGUAACAGAGGAGGCAGGUGGCGUAGCCUUGCCUCAAACUGAGCUCAACCAGCAAGUCCUGGACCAGUGGCUUCUCACAGAUCUCUGUGACUUAGCACAUCCUGUUCUGCCUGAUGGCAUUUCUGAAGCUGAAAAAAUGGAACUGAAUGGCUGCUAUUGCCUCCAGAUGUACUCCCUUCUGGAUGUUAGCCAGCCAGCAUAUUCUCAGCUCCAAUGUCUGCGUGGCUCUGAUUGCUCCAAUGAUGAUGUGACUGCCGUGACACAAGCCACCCAGAGACCUUGGGAGGCAAAGCCAACUCGAAUGCUGAUGUUGCAGCUCACUGAUGGUGUGCAGAACCUGGAGGCCAUUGAGUACCGACCCAUUCCAGCUCUUAGUGCCAAAUUGCCCCCGGGGACCAAACUGCAGGUAGUGGGAAGGGUGAUGGUACGUCUUGGGGUGAUGAUGCUCAAACCAGAGAAUGUGAAGGUUCUUGGUGGAGAAGUGGAGGAGAUGAUGGAGGUGAAUUCUCAGAGCAAAGUGAUCUGCAGGACCUUAGGGUUGCCUGAGGAAAACCAUCAGCAAGAAGCAGAAGAUCAACAGGUCCAGCAAGCAGCAAGAAUUGAGGGAACUCUGGACAGCGGAUAUGAAAGCAUUCCAAGCAGCUUGAAUUCGCAACAGAUCAGCAGGAAUGCACAUCAUCAGUUAGAACGCUCUAGACUAAGCACCCUUGAAGAAACACCCAUUUCUAGACAGAGUGUGCCAGCUGUAGCCGAUAUUCCAGAUGAGGAGUUUGAUAACAUUCCGGAUGACUUCAUGGAUUAUCCUGAGGACAUUGACAACAUGCCAGAAGAUUCUAACAAUGGGCCAGAUGAUUGGGGCGACAAUUUAGAUGACUUUAAUAAUGAUCCUGAGGACUUUGAUGACAUUCCAAUGGAGGAAUUGGAUGAUAUGAUGUCACCUACUGAUCCCAAACUCUUAGCCAGCAGUGGAGGAAUAAAACAACAGGCUGUUUCAAGUAAAGAUUAUGUUCAAUCAGUACAAGUCAACCAACCCCAAUCAUCAAAUCAUCUUCAUUUAACCUCCAAAGAUUCUGUCAGUUGGGCAGAUCCAAGUGAAGUUAUUGAAGUUGAUGCAGAUGACGAUUCCUUGUUUUCUCCAGAACCAAAAAUAGCCAGAUAUGAGUCCAGAUCACAGGUUCCUGAUAGCAAAUGCAGCAAAAAAGCUGACACAGCAAUCCUCAACCAACCCCAGGUUACAAAUCAAGCUAGUUUCUCUUCCAGCACUCCCCUCAGUAAGGCAAAUCCAAUUGAAGUUAUUGACAUUGAUGCAGGUGAUGACUUUUCCGUCUCACCGGGAUCAAAAAUAGCCAGAUAUGAGCCCAAAUUACAGGAUCCUGCAUUCAACCGUAGCAAAAAACCUGACACGUCAAUCCUCAGCUAUAUUAGUAUUUUGAAGGCUGGUGUUUGGCCACCUCAUAGUGCUCAAACAGUGCGGCUGCAUGCUUUUAUUGUCACUCUGCUGGGGAGCCUGCGCUGCAGUGGAGGGGAAUGGAAAGUCAGGGCCACCAUAUCAGAUGGGACCGGAUACCUGGAUGUGGAUCUGUCAGACAGUUUGCUGGUGAAUCUAAUUGGCCUCUCAGCAGCAGAGUCUAAGGUUCUAAGGAAGGAUCCAGCGAAGCGUGGUGUGGUGGACGCUGGGAUACAGAACUGUCAGAGGGAGCUGGUGGACAUGUGCUGUGUGAUGACUGUGCAGGUCGAUUCAAACGGGACAGGUACAGUGCUGAGAGCCGAUUCACUCACGGACAGAGAGUGCUGUGAAAUACAGAAGAGGGUGAUGGACAGGAGGUCCUAACACAUGCUGCCGUUUCUUUUUUUAUCUGUUGUCCUAAAAAUGUUAUCGUUGCUACUGAAUGAAAGCAGCCAGGUGUUAGUUAUCAUUAACUUACAUAACGUUAACUGAAUGACUUUUGUAAUAGAAAAUUCCACUUUCUUAAUUCAUGACAUUCCUCUUGUAUUAUAUGAAAUUGCAUUUUAGCAAUCUUUUCUGUUGUUUUCCAGAACAGGAACAAAUCAAUCAUUCAAAUCAUUUCCAGAAUGUUCUUAAAAUGUAUGCUUAACAUGCUUGUUUGUUUGUUUGUUUGUUUGUUUAUCAAUACUUCUUUUUAAAUUUCUACUAUAAUUUUGUAAAAAAAUAAAUAUGAAGUUCACUAUCAAUUUUGUCAUAUAGUGACUAGAUGAUUCCUAUUUCUGUCAUUAAUUUCUGUUGUUAAGUUCACCAUCCCAUUCCAUCUGACUCCAUCCCACAACCUCUCCAUCUAAUUCCAUCUGACUCCAUCCCACAACCUCUCCAUUUAAUUCCAUCUGACUCCAUCCCACACCCUCUCCAUCUAAUUCCAUCUGACUCCAUCCCACACCCUCUCCAUAUAAUUACAUCUGACUCCAUCCCACACUCUCUCCAUAUAAUUCCAUCUGACUCCAUCCCACACCCUUUCCAUAUAAUUCCAUCCCACACCCUCUCCAUAUAAUUCCAUCUGACUCCAUCCCACACCCUCUCCAUAUAAUUCCAUCCCACACCCUCUCCAUCUAAUUUCAUCUGACUCCAUCCCACACCCUCUCCAUAUAAUUCCAUCCCACACCCUCUCCAUCUAAUUCCAUCUGACUCCAUCCCACACCCUCUCCAUCUAAUUCCAUCUGGCUCCAUCCCACACCCUCUCCAUAUAAUUCCAUCUGACUCCAUCCCACACCCUCUCCAUAUAAUUCCAUCCCACACCCUCUCCAUAUAAUUCCAUCCCACAACCUCUCCAUCUAAUUCCAUCUGACUCCAUCCCACACCCUCUCCAUCUAAUUCCAUCUGACUCCAUCCCACACCCUCUCCAUAUAAUUCCAUCCCACACCCUCUCCAUAUAAUUCCAUCCCACACCCUCUCCAUAUAAUUCCAUCUGACUCCAUCCCACACCCUCUCCAUAUAAUUCCAUCUGACUCCAUCCCACACCCUCUCCAUAUAAUUCCAUCCCACACCCUCUCCACAUAAUUCCAUCCCACACCCUUUCCAUCUAAUUCCAUCUGACUCCAUCCCACACCCUCUCCAUCUAAUUCCAUCUGACUCCAUCCCACACCCUCUCCAUAUAAUUCCAUCCCACACCCUCUCCAUAUAAUUCCAUCCCACACCCUCUCCAUAUAAUUCCAUCCCACACCCUCUCCAUCUAAUUUCAUCUGACUCCAUCCCAAACCCUCUCCAUAUAAUUCCAUCUGACUCCAUCCCACACCCUCUCCAUAUAAUUCCAUCCCACACCUUCUCCAUAUAAUUCCAUCCCACACCCUCUCCAUCUAAUUCCAUCUGACUCCAUCCCACACCCUCUCCAUCUAAUUCCAUCUGACUCCAUCCCACACCCUCUCCAUAUAAUUCCAUCCCACACCCUCUCCAUAUAAUUCCAUCCCACACCCUCUCCAUAUAAUUCCAUCCCACACCCUCUCCAUAUAAUUCCAUCCCACACCCUCUCCAUCUAAUUUAAUCUGACUCCAUCCCACACCCUCUCCAUAUAAUUCCAUCUGACUCCAUCCCACACCCUCUCCAUAUAAUUCCAUCCCACACCCUCUCCAUAUAAUUCCAUCCCACACCCUUUCCAUCUAAUUCCAUCUGACUCCAUCCCACACCCUCUCCAUCUAAUUCCAUCUGACUCCAUCCCACACCCUCUCCAUAUAAUUCCAUCCCACACCCUCUCCAUAUAAUUCCAUCCCACACCCUCUCCAUCUAAUUUCAUCUGACUCCAUCCCAAACCCUCUCCAUAUAAUUCCAUCUGACUCCAUCCCACACCCUCUCCAUAUAAUUCCAUCCCACACCCUCUCCAUAUAAUUCCAUCCCACACCCUCUCCAUCUAAUUUCAUCUGACUCCAUCCCACACCCUCUCCAUAUAAUUCCAUCUGACUCCAUCCCACACCCUCUCCAUAUAAUUCCAUCUGACUCCAUCCCACACCCUCUCCAUAUAAUUCCAUCCCACACCCUCUCCAUAUAAUUCCAUCCCACACCCUCUCCAUAUAAUUCCAUCUGACUCCAUCCCACACCCUCUCCAUAUAAUUCCAUCCCACACCCUCUCCAUCUAAUUCCAUCUGACUCCAUCCCACACCCUCUCCAUCUAAUUCCAUCUGACUCCAUCCCACACCCUCUCCAUAUAAUUCCAUCUGACUCCAUCCCACACCCUCUCCAUAUAAUUCCAUCCCACACCCUCUCCAUAUAAUUCCAUCCCACACCCUUUCCAUCUAAUUCCAUCUGACUCCAUCCCACACCCUCUCCAUCUAAUUCCAUCUGACUCCAUCCCACACCCUCUCCAUAUAAUUCCAUCACACACCCUCUCCAUAUAAUUCCAUCCCACACCCUCUCCAUAUAAUUCCAUCCCACACCCUCUCCAUAUAAUUCCAUCCCACACCCUCUCCAUCUAAUUUCAUCUGACUCCAUCCCACACCCUCUCCAUCUAAUUCCAUCUGACUCCAUCCCACACCCUCUCCAUAUAAUUCCAUCUGACUCCAUCCCACACCCUCUCCAUAUAAUUCCAUCCCACACCCUCUCCAUAUAAUUCCAUCCCACACCCUCUCCAUCUAAUUCCAUCUGACUCCAUCCCACACCCUCUCUAUAUAAUUCCAUCCCACACCCUCUCCAUAUAAUUCCAUCCCACACCCUCUCCAUAUAAUUCCAUCCCACAACCUCUCCAUCUAAUUCCAUCUGACUCCAUCCCAUACCCUCUCCAUCUAAUUCCAUCUGACUCCAUCCCACACCUUCUCCAUCUAAUUCUAUCUGACUCCAUCCCAAACAUCCAACUCCACCCCACAGCAUCCGAUUCCAUCCUACUCCAUCUGAGACCAUUCUGUUUUAUCCCAUUAAAUCCCACACCAUCCCAUACCUUCCCACUUCAUCCCAUUACGUCCCAUUCCCUUUCAUGCCUUCCCACUUUAACCAUUCAUUCCCAUUCCACCCCAGCCCAUUACAUUACUCUAUCUCACUGCAUCUCAGCCCAUCCAAUCUUCUUUUUCUGUCUUGCUACCUUUGACUAAGACACCAGCCUAAUUGCUUAUAAAAGUUUGUUUAUUCAGUCAAGCUACUAAAACAAAUAUUACUGCACCCUUUCCAUGCUGGUUUUACUUAACCAUUAUCGAGAAGCAUUCGACCUAUUAUUUAGUCUCAGCUAAAAUUUACUUAAUGAAACCGGGUUAAAGAAGUUUUCUUUUUUUUAUCUGCCAUUGUAAUGGGAACCAGUAGAUGGUAGCAUUGGAGCAGGCAUCACUCUGUCGCUCUUUAAUGGCGUUUUCAUUAGAGCCAAAGCACUUCUCACUUAAUGGAAGUGCCAGUUGCACAA